AGCGCUCAAGACCGAGUACACCUCCUUUCAAGUUGCAACGCGGAAUGUGGUCACGGCAAACUCGGUGAUUGCGCAGAAGAUCGUUGACCUUGAUCCGUUGGGUGCAACUCGCUUGUCGCAGCUAGCUGAAUGACGUAUUACCCCGUUCAGCGAAAUGAUGAGUCACACGCACAAGACUGCCCACGGAGCCACCCGGUGCUCAACCCUUCUUGCUGUACUAGAACGCAGUUAAUGAGGCCUCGAGUUUGAGUUUUCUGAAUUUUGAGGGUCGCAUACAAAUUGGCGAAAAAUGUGUGAUCUUCCUAGUGCUGUGCUUAAGUGGUCGAGCGACCACGUUAAAAAUUGGCUGCAUGAUUGCGGCCACAGUGAUUAUGUGAUUAGUCUGCUUUGUGAUGAGCACAAAAUCGAUGGCAAGGCCUUGUUGACGCUGACAGAAAAUGACCUCAAGUCUCCACCUGUCAGUAUGAAGGUUCUUGGUGAUAUUAAAAGGUUGUCUGCUGAUAUUAGAAUACUCCAACAACACAAUUUGCCCUCCCUCGAAGAUUUGGGCCUUUCCUUUUCGCCAACCGUCCAACCAGCAUACUCAAGACCUAAGAUUGAAGAAUCGUGUGAAACUAACGACUUUGACAGUGAAGGGAAGCUUUCCUUAGAUGCUGGACUUACGAACAAAUUACCUGGCAAAAAAGAUGGCAGAGCCACCCACCUGCCACCCGAGUUUAGCAAAACUCUGCUCAGCAUGGCCUAUUUAUUUGUGGUUACGUGGAUCACAGCAUUUGUCAUGGUCAUCGUGCAUGACCGAGUGCCUGACAUGAAAAAAUACCCACCUCUUCCAGAUAUUUUCCUUGAUAAUGUGCCAACUAUUUCCUGGGCUUUCCACAUGUGCGAGGUCACUGGCUCGUUGCUACUUCUUAUCUGGGUAGCUGUUCUGAUCACCCACAAGCACAGAUUUAUCCUUCUGCGCCGCUUCUUUGCGCUAAGCGGAACUGUGUUUUUGUUGAGAUGCAUCACCAUGCUCAUAACCUCACUCUCAGUGCCAGGAACACACCUCGAGUGCAACCCUCGGGUAUGGGAGGAGCAGGCCAAAAGGGGUCAGCCGUAUGGAGAACUGUGGGCAAAGAUUCAGCAUGCCUACGUUAUUUGGCGCGGAGCAGGAAUGUCCAUUCAAGGCGUUCGCACCUGUGGCGACUACAUGUUUAGUGGUCACACUGUAGCCCUGACAAUGCUCAAUUUCUUCAUCACAGAAUACACACCUCGGCGUAUGUAUUUUCUGCACACUUUUUCGUGGCUCUUGAACAUGUUUGGAAUAUUCUUCAUACUUUCGGCACAUGAGCAUUACUCAAUAGACGUUUUUAUCGCUUUCUACAUCACUUCUCGUUUGUUCCUGUACUAUCACACACUGGCCAAUAAUCAGGCACUGAUGCAGCGAGACUCUGGCAGAACCCGGGUUUGGUUCCCGUUGUUUAGUUUCUUUGAGUCGUCAGUUGAUAGAAUCGUACCAAAUGAAUUUGAAUGGCCUAUCACUUCUGAACAGCUCAAGGCAUGGGUAACCCCCUUCAUGAUGUCUCUCCUUGCAGCCUUGAUAGCAUUACGGCAAAAGGGAACACAACUAGCUGCAAAGCAAAACUGAAGCAGCAGUGAUUAAGUAUUUUUCUGCAUUUAUAGCAUUUUCAAAUUCAUGUGAAUUCUUAAAUUCCCACUUAACCAAAGAGAAUAUUGUCAAAAUAAAUUAUUCUGAUUCAUAAAAAAGGACAAAAUAACUUGGAGACAUACUUAGAGUCAAAUUUUUUCAUGUUCCUCUCAUACAUCUUAUGCAAAGUUAACGCAGGUGGACUGACUUUCAUUGAGAAGAAAUAUGAAGGUUACACUAAAUCCACUAAAUAAUGAAUAGAAACUAUACUUAUCAAAUGACUGCUACUGAUCUAUUUCUUUCAAAGAGAGUCCCCUCUCUCUAGAUUAAGCACUGAAAAAGGCCAAAAGACAUUUAUCCUGAAGAUAAUAUUUUCUUGUUGAUGUCCUUUUUAAAAGCACAUGUAAUAUGCAAUUAAUGCAUUCACACCCUGUCAUUUCCAAAGAACAAAUCUAUACAGUAAAAUUCAGUAUUCAAGGAAGUGUAAUAUCUUUAUAUUGUUAAAUUUAAUUUAUUAAAGUUUAUUUGGUUGAUCCAAUGCAAGUUAAGGAAAUUUUUAUUUAAAAGUAAUAAUUGUUUAAUCUAUAACAAACAAAAAUUAUUUAAUACUGAAGCACGGUUGAUCAUGGAUAGCAUAUAUAUUAUUGCUCAUUUUACCAAAAAAAAUUGUUAAAAUUUUAAUUGCAAUUUUUGCCUUUUGUUAAAUUGUUGAUUAUUAAGAUGUUAAUGUAUAAUUUAUUGUUGAAUGUCAUAAUUAUAUCAUAUUUAUAUUAAUUUGAAGAGACUAAUCUCUUUGUAAUUUGUUGCAGCUAAUGCUGACUAUGAGUUUGAAAUCAAGAUUCAUUGUUAUUAUUGAACUUAAAUGUUUUUAUCUACAUGCACCCUUUUCUUAUAAAUAGCAAAAUGCAAACCUAGCUAUAAGACUUAAUAAAAAAUGAUAAUGGAAAUUGGAAAUCUAAA